AUUCACUGCUCAACUUUCCCUUUUACUUUAUAAUGAAUGCUGCAACACUUUCAACAGCAUAAUAGUCAAAAGAUCAUCACGGAAAUAGAAAAGAUAUAUUAGCAAGAGACCCUACGACUACGAGACAAUUGUUCGAAUUUCCAGUGAAGUGAAAAAAAAUAUUAGGUGAUUUCUUCUAAUUUGUCCAAACCUUGGUGAACAGAGCUACCCGAAAUCUUGUUGGUAAGAGACAAUAUGUACUCUGAAGUUGGGCUAUAUAAGUCGAAGCUCAUACAAGUUGGCCAAAACACCACCUUUAUUAAAGAAAGAUAUAUUGGGAAACACAAGUAAAGCAAGGAAGUCAAGAGCAGGAUGUCCUUGUCAGCAUCACUUUCAUCAGUACAUGUUGAAAAAACAGUUUUGGACAUCAAAAAUUUAAGGAGGGAAACAAGUUGCACUAUCUCUUACUAAGAAGAUAGAGAAAGCCACAUGGGGGAGUUAUACAGAAAGCCACAAAUGUUGUUUAAGAAACCCUUUCAGAAGACCAAGAGCUUGUUCCUCAAAACUCUACAUAAUCUCAAUUCAUUUCUCUUUAAAAGUCACCACAAGUUACCUAAAGUUUGUCACUUCAAUCCCUUCUUCUCUCGAAGCAACCGAAUUCCAAGCAGCAUUAUUCAAGAAUUGGAUGAAUUCUACAGAGACUUUGCGCAACAAUUGGAAUAUCGCGAACAAAAUGAGGUCCCGGAGAGAAACAACAUCGAUGAAGAAUCAUUAAACAACACUAUGAAAGACCGGAUACAAAGAGAAACAAUCAGUGAAGAAAGAAAGGGAGAUGACUUCUUUCGGAACAAGAGUAAAGGUGAGAUUUUAGCGCAGAAGAUGAAGGAACUAGACAUGAUGGAUGAGGAAGAUUUGGAUCAAAUGCUGGACAUAAGAGAAGUGCUCUACUACUACUCUCAUCUAAAAUGUCCAGUUUACCUUGACAUUGUUGACAGGUAUUUCAUGGGAAUGUAUAAUGAGUUAUCACUUCCACAGACAUUCAUCAAUGUCAAUAGUUCAGUGUGAAUCUUGGUUGUAUUAAAUUCUAAAAACUACAGUGAAAAAUGCAAGUUUUCCAGCUGAGCCAACUUUUUUAUGUAUGCUUAUUUCCAUGCCAUGGAUUUCUAUAUUGAAAAUUUUCGGAAAUGCUUAUAA